GAGCUCAAGGACCAUUGGUGAGCUGGAGUCUGAGUCACACUGCCCAGGGCUGCCUUGGGAGCACCACUAUUUAUUUGAAGGCAGAUGCUGUUAUUUGCAGAAGCAGCCAAACUCUGGAGGAAGAAGUCUGGACUAGAGCAAAGGCAGAAUGGCAACUACAGGGAAGGUGAUCAAAUGCAAAGCUGCAGUGCUCUGGGAGCCAAAUAAGCCUUUUUCCAUCGAAGAAAUUGAAGUGGCGCCCCCAAAGGCAAAGGAAGUGCGGAUUAAGAUUCUAGCUACAGGGAUUUGUCGCACUGAUGACCAUGUGAUCAAAGGAUCAAUGAUGUCUAAGUUCCCAGUGAUUGUGGGCCACGAAGCCACGGGGGUCGUGGAGAGCAUUGGAGAAGGAGUCACAACGGUAAAACCAGGUGACAAAGUCAUUCCUCUCUUCCUGCCUCAGUGCAGAGAGUGCAACGCCUGCCGAAACCCGGAAGGCAACCUCUGUGUUCGGGCCGAUGUCACUGGCCGUGGAGUGCUGGCUGAUGGCACCACCCGGUUCUCUUGCAAGGGCAAGCCCAUCUACCACUUCAUGAACACCAGCACCUUCACCGAGUUCACCGUGGUGGACGAGUCUUCCGUGGCCAAGAUUGAUGCUGCGGCACCGCCAGAGAAAGUUUGCCUGAUUGGUUGUGGGUUCUCCACUGGCUAUGGAGCAGCUGUGAAAACUGGCAAGGUCACACCAGGCUCCACCUGUGUUGUCUUCGGCCUGGGAGGGGUUGGCCUCUCAGUCAUUAUGGGCUGCAAGUCAGCAGGUGCAUCCAGGAUCAUUGGCAUCGACCUCAACAAGAGCAAGUUUGACAAGGCACUGGCUGUGGGGGCCACAGAAUGCAUCAGCCCUAAGGACUACUCCAAGCCCGUCAGCGAGGUGCUGUCAGAAAUGACAGGCGACUCCGUGGGCUACACCUUUGAGGUCAUCGGGCGCCUGGACACCAUGGUGGAUGCGCUAGCCUCCUGCCACAUGAACUAUGGGACCAGUGUGGUGGUGGGUGCCCCCCCAUCAGCCAAGAUGCUCACCUAUGAUCCCAUGAUGCUCUUCACGGGCCGCACGUGGAAGGGCUGUGUGUUUGGAGGUUGGAAAAGCAGAGAUGACGUGCCAAAGCUUGUCACUGAUUUCCUGGCCAAGAAAUUUGACCUGGACCAGUUGAUAACCCACGUUUUACCUUUCCAAAAAAUUAAUGAAGGAUUUCAACUGCUCUAUUCGGGUGAAAGCAUCCGAACAGUCCUGAUGUUCUAGAUUCUGUGGGAAGAUCCAGCACUGGUUGGAGGUGAUCGAAGGUUUCCACCUACUGCCCCUCCAGGCCCAGAAGCACUCAUAGAAGAAAAUUUGGUGAAGAGAAAUCACCUUUGUGAAAUUUAUAUUUAGAAUCUUG